CUGUGAUUGUUGUUUCAUGCACAGAGGCAGUGUCAGAUUCACCAUCAAACCAAAACUAGCAGCUUCCUCUGAGUGAGUCCAGCUGCAGGAGAGAAAAGUGGAAACCUCCAACACUGCUGCUUCAAGCUGCUCACACUCCACACACUGAAGGUGAGUUGGACCAAGAACACCACUCAGAGUCACUUUGAGGGAAGUUAGUAGAGGAGGGAGGGGAGCCAUGACUGACUGGACCUUCUGUGUUUUCAGCUUCACUCAGAGACUAAAUGGCUUCCAGGUUAGAGGAGGAUCUCUGCUGUCCGGUCUGUCAGGACGUCUUUAAGGAUCCAGUUCUUCUGUCAUGUAGCCACAGCUUCUGUAAGGAGUGUCUGAAGAACUGGUGGAGAGAGAAACCAGUAAGAGAGUGUCCAGUUUGUAAGAGGAGAUCUUCUAAGUUUGAACCACCUUUAAAUCUUGUUCUGAGGAACCUGUGUGAGACCUUCUUACAGCAGGGAGAGGAGAUAGCUUCAGAGGAUCUCUGCAGUCUGCACACCGAGAAACUCAAGCUCUUCUGUCUGGACCAUCAGCAGCCAGUGUGCGUCAUCUGCAAAGAUUCAGAAAAACACAGCAAGCACAGAUUCAGACCCAUCGAUGAAGCUGCUCAGCAACACAAGAAGAAACUUCAGGAAACUCUGGAAACUCUGAAGAAGAAGCUGGAAGUUAGGAAGAAAGUUCAGGAGGAGUUUGAUCAGACAGCAGUACACAUGAAGGUCCAGGCCCGACACACAGAGAGGCUGAUUAAGGAGCAGUUUAAGAAGCUUCAUCAGUUUCUAGCAGAGGAAGAGGAGGCCAGGCUGGCUGCACUGAGGGAGGAAGAGGAGCAGAAGAGAGGGAUGAUGAAGGAGAAGAUGGAGGCUCUGAGCAGAGAAAUAGCAGCUCUUUCAGACACAGUCAGAGCCACAGAGGAGGAGCUGAGAGCUGAAGACGUCUCAUUCCUGCACAACUACAAGGCUGCAGUGGAAAGAGUCCAGCGCUGCCCCCUGCUGGAGGGUCCACAGCUGCCCUCAGGAGCUCUGAUAGACCAGGCCAAACAUCUGGGCAACCUGGCCUUCAACAUCUGGAGCAACAUGAAGAACAUGGUGUCCUACACUCCUCUCAUCCUGGACCCAAACACUGCUCAUCCAGAACUCAUCCUGUCUGAUGAUCUGACCAGUGUGACUGGAGGACAGAAACAGAAGCUUCCUGAUAAUCCAGAGAGGUUUGGGAUUCAGCGUUCUGUGCUGAGUUCUGAGGGCUUUAACUCAGGGAUCCACAGCUGGGAUGUUGAUGUUGGAGGAAGCAAUGACUGGAGAGUUGGUGUGUUAGCAGAGUCUGUGAAAAGGAAGGGAUUCAUAUAUUCUGGAUUUCUGGUUAUACAGCUCUAUGAAGGUGAAUACUCGGCACGGUCGCCGCCAUCUCCUCCCAAAGUUCUCUCAGUUCAGAAGAAGCUCCAGAGGAUCAGAGUGAAUCUGGACUGGGACAGAGGAAAGCUGUCCUUCUCUGAUCUGGACACUAACACACACAUACACACCUUCACACACACCGUCACUGACAAGAUGUUUCCACACAUCAAAAUUUGGAGUCAAGUAAAAAUCUUACCCAUGAAGAUCUCAGUGAGCAAACAGCAGCUCUGAUGUUCUCAGCAUGAAGAACACAAAGUCCGAAUAAAACCUUAUUGAUCUGAUUGAAACUCAGUGAUUGAAACAGGAAAGUGGAGAUGAUCUGAUCUGAUCAUCUGGUUGUUUUCAGCUCCCUUUCAGAUCUGCUUCAUAUUCCGUCCAAAUGCUGCAAACUAAAUGUGACAUGAAAUAAAUGAUGUGGAGUUUAACUGGAGAUCUUUACCUUCCUCUGUGACUGGGCACUGACUCCUAACCUGACUCCGCCAGAUAGAUUUGCUCCGCAUAUCCAUCUGGAAACCUUCCGUAGAAGUAA